CGUUGUGUAAAUUAUAUUUUUAAUCUUUUAAUAUCUUCAGAUAUUCAAUUUUGAUCAAUUGUGAUGAUUGAUAUAUUUUUUUAAUAUUACUUUACAGGACCGCACCUGCCACUAAGGCCCGAUUCAUGUUAUUCAUUAUUGCCAUGAACAUUGUUCACUCAUAAUUUUAUUAAAAAAAUGAUAAAUCAAUUUUAAGAACUUAAGAAAUUAUAUAGAUAAACUUAGUAAUGAAGUAUAACAUAGUGAUUAGAAAUUUUUAACGACCACUUUAUUUUUUAGAAAAUGCUUUCAUACGAAAUUAUAAAUCAAGAAGAUACUGCUAUUAUAAGAGAAGUUUGUGAGAAUGAUAACUCACAAGAAAUAUUUGAACAAGAAUUAGAUAAUGCAUUGGAAGCAGGCUAUAAAUAUAUUAUAAUUGAACCAACUCAAUUGGCAGAUGAAACAGUCCGGUGGAUAUCUGUGGGAAAUUUUUUAUCUCAAACUGCAAUUUCUUCUGGAGUUCUAUCUGUUGGAAUAGCAUAUUUUUGGCAGUCGAAACCAUUCAUUUACUGUCCUCUAGUUUUAACAUCUUUUGUGUGCACUGGAUUGUAUAUGGUAUCUUGGCAAUUUGAUCCUUGUUGCAAAUAUCAAGUGCAUAAAGAUCCUCGAUUGAAAUCAUUACAAAAAGAAGAUAAUACUCCACCUCUGCCCGUAGUUAUCGAACGAGGUAGUGAUACUAAUAGAAAAAUUAUUCAUACUACUAUAACUGCUGUAUCAACAGCUUAUUGUAUUUGGAAAUUUUAUGAAUUUUGUAAAUGAAAUUAAUCAUUAUGAGGUAACAAUGAAACAUGAUGUACACAAUAAUUGGAGGUGUUUAAUUAAUGUUUAAAAAAUUGUAUUCUGCACUUACUUUUAUAUUUUGUAACUAAAAUCCCAUAAAAGUAUAUAUUUAUAUCUCAUAAUUUAUGAUUAUUGUAGAAUAAUGUAAAUUAUGCAUGAAAUUAGUUUCUAAAAACUACACUUUUAAAAAAUAUGUUACUAGCAAGAUUUUUUUUAUAAAUUUAAACCAAAAAGUAUUUUAACAAAUUUUAAAUUAUUUGUGGCAAUGAUUUAGAAAGAAUGUGAUAUUUAAAUAUAUAUACAUAAAUAUUUCAUUCUAGUGAAAAUAUAUUUUGCUUUAAUUAAAAAAAGUUCAUCAGAAAUU